AUGCGCGGUACCUACACAGCAGCCGGAGUAGCUCUUCUGGCAAGCACAGCCAAUGCUCAGCUGUACCCCGGCUUGAGCAAGCUCAACCACACUUGCCAGCUCCAGAAGCCUCUCCUCUCGUGCCCUUCCCAGAACGCCUCUGAUGUGGACUCGUGCUGUACCGAGACCUUUGGCGGCCUCGUUCUGAGCACUCAGUUCUGGGACACCUACACUGGCCUCGAGGCUCAAGGUCAAGUUCUGCCCAAGGACACAUGGAGUCUUCACGGUCUGUGGCCAGAUUUUUGCAAUGGCAGCUACACGCAAUACUGCGACUUGACCCGCCAGUAUGACCCCAUUCCCUCGCCAAACACCACCAACGGCCUUAAGAACGGCACUGUCGUCCCGGCCUACACCGGUCCCAACAUCGGCACCUUCCUCGAGCCUUUUGGCCGCUACGACCUUCUGGAGUACAUGAAUACGUACUGGAUCGCACAGAACCAGGACAACGCCGGAUUUUGGGGCCACGAGUUCAGCAAGCACGCGACGUGCUUCAGCACCUUCAACACGCCCUGCUACGGCCCGCAGUACCGGCAGCACGAGGACGUGAUCGACUUCUUCGAGACGGCCAUCAAGUACUACCAGCGCUUCCCGACGUACAAGUGGCUCAAAGCCAAGAAGAUCGUUCCGUCCAACAGCACCACGUACUCGUACACCGACUUCAAGGACACGCUGGCCAAGAAGCACGGUGGCAUUCCCUUCAUCGGCUGCUCCGGCCCGCGCUUCAACGCCACCGCCGCCGGCAACCACACCACGGACAACGGCUACACCGUCCUCAGCGAGGUGUGGUACUACGAGCACGUCUACGGACGGCCUCAGGAGGGCAAGACGGUCCCUGUCGAUGCGAGCGCGACGUAUCAGACCAACUGCGCGAAGACCAAGGGCGCUAUCCACUACUACCAGCGCAGCAAUGGGUCGGAGAAGGUCCCUGCCGUGCCGUUUGCCGGGUAG